AUGCGCUCCCCGGCACGUGGCCCUCGCCGCGCCCCCGCUUCCCCCAGGCGCACCUCCGGGCGCCCGGAGGGCAGAACAGGUGGGGCGGGCCUGGCAGGGGCGUCGGGCCCGCCGAAAAGCCGCGCGGCCCUCCCGACCCUCCCCGGGCCCGCCGGGCGCCCGCCGCCCCCGGACGCGGGCCGCGGCUCAGGGACGGGGGCGCGCCCCCGAGGAAGGGCCGCCCGGCCCGUACGGCGCGCUCGGGGCGGGACACCCGACCGCAGGCGCGCCGACCGGACCGAGCUCGCGCGGCCCGGCAGCAGCGGCCGCGGGUCCGAGGCGGCCGAGACUCGGCGGCGGGCGCCCCCCGGGCGGCCCCGCGGCCCCCCGCCCGGCCGCGCCCGGCCGCCCCUCACCUGGCGUCGCGCGGGGGGCGCGGGCGCGCGGCGGCUCCUCGCGGGCACGCGCUCUCUUCGCGCUCAGGCUCGCGCUUCCCGUCGGCCGCCGCCGCCGCCGCCAAGCGCCCGGGCUCCGACCUCGCGGAGAACAACAAGUCCCCCGCGCCGCCCGCCGCCAGCCCGCCCGCCCGGCUCCCCAGCAUCUGACACCGCUUCCGGGAUCGGCGUCGGCGCGCGGCGCGCCGCCCCGCCCACCGCGCGCCGCCCCGCCCACCCGCCGCGCGCGCCAGCGCCCCGCCCACUCGAGGCACCCCCCCCCCCCCACCGCUUGCCCCGCCCCCGCCCGGGCCCCGCCCAGCGGAGGCUCCGCCCCCGAGCCCACCUGCGCGGAGCCGGCCCGCCGUACCUGUGA